AUGGCGGCCCAGUUUGCAGCAGCAGGAGUCCUCACCGGGCUUCUCGCUCUUGCAACAUUUGCAAGCUGCAACACUGAAGGUGACAUACUGUACAAGCAAAGGUUGGCAUGGAAGGACCCAAACAAUGUGCUGAAGAGCUGGGAUCAGACGCUUGCCAAUCCCUGCACCUGGUUCCAUGUCACCUGCAACAACAAUAACUCCGUCGUCCGUGUGGAUUUGGGCAAUGCAGGCAUCUCCGGCCCUCUGCUUUCAGAUCUUGGAGAACUUGAGAACCUCCAGUACAUUGAGCUGUAUGGCAACCGCCUGAACGGUUCGAUUCCAGAAACACUGGGCAACCUGACUAAUCUCAUCAGCUUGGAUCUCUGGGUCAACCUGCUUACCGGCCCAAUACCAUCUACGCUUGGUUCCAUCAGCACGCUGCGAUAUCUGAGGUUGUACCAGAACAACCUGACGGGGCCUAUACCAUCAUCGUUUGGCAAUCUGACUAACCUUCGGGAACUGAAGCUUCAAGAGAAUUCGUUGAGCGGCGCUAUUCCGGCCUCCCUUGGCAACGUCAAAACAUUACAGUUCUUGGAAUUAAACGGGAAUAUGCUGACUGGCACGGUUCCAUUGGAAGUCCUCUCCCUUGUCAUUGUUGGCAACCUGACCGAACUAAAUAUUGCUAGAAACAACCUGGAUGGCACUGUGACAUCGUCCGGACUGAGAGGUACUGACGUGAUUGUAAAUCCCAGUUUUGAUAGUGUCUGCGAUUAUCCAGGAUAUGCUGAAGACUGCAUGAUGGCUUGA